AUGGUGUACAAUCAAUCCGUGGUGCUGGUUCUACUCUCGAGUAUUGCUUCGACAAGCGCAAGUUGAUAAGCAAAUUUAGCGAAAGUGAAGUUCUAAAAAUAAAAAUAUCAAUAAAAAAAUUUUAAUAAAAAAGUUUUAAUAAAAAAAUUUUAAUAAAAAAAAAUUUUAAUAAAAAAAAAUUUUUAUAAAAAAAUUUUCUUAAACAAAAUUUUAAAUAAAAAGUUUUGAACUGUAAAACAGUAAAAAAUUUUAAGGAAUAAAUUAAAAAUUAAUUUAAAAAUAUUUAACUAAUUUAAUAUUUUUUCAAAUUAAAAAAUUUAACAAAAACCGCAGUUUUUUUGUUAAAAACAAAAGUGUUCUAAAAAACGUAAGAAUAAAAAGUGUGGUGCAUAAAAAUAAAAAUUCAAUAAAAUUUUUGUAAAAACUAAAAUUUUAUUAAAAAACUUAUGUGUACAAAUAUUAAAGAAAUAAAUCAAAGCUCAAACACUCCUUCCACAUUUGGACAUUUUGGACAUCUUGGCAGCAAACUGAACUUAAAACACAAAGUAAGAAACAAUUUAACACAUAAAGGUUUAACAAAUGCUCCCACAAAGGAUAUUUUAACUGCAUAUAUUUCACAAAUCUUACAAAUAAAUUAAAAGUUCAAAGUUUUACUUCAAUAAUUUAUGCUGCUUGAGAGAUAAAUAAGUUCAUUGCUUGGUAAAAAGUGAAAAUUUGAAGCUGCACAAUGUUUAUAACUCUCUCACGCGCCUUUUUGUUACUCGCUCUUGGCAUACUGGCCAUCUCAACAGCUGUGCUGGUGAAAAUCUUUCAGCCUUACGACUUGAUCUUCAAAUGGAAACUGACCAUGUCGGAUGAUGGCGAGAUCUUUAAUUUGUGGGCCAAACCACCGGUAGAUCUUUACAUAAAGAUUUAUCUAUUUAAUAUAACGAAUGCUGAGGCUUUCCUGGCAGGACGCGAGAAAAUGAAUGUGGAGCAAGUUGGACCAUAUGUUUACAAAGAAAUCAUGACCCACGAAAAUAUCACCUUCAACGCCAACAACACAAUGUCUACAAGACCCAGUCAUCCAUUGGUGUGGCAAGAACAUUUAUCUGAGGGGCGUAAAGAAGACGAUCAGGUGGUCAUGUUGAAUAUUGCAAUGCUGGCAAUUUCUCACUUAACCGCUGACAAGCCACUAUUCCUACGCAUGGGCUUACGCACCUUGCUGGCAACAUCCAAAUCACAGCCACUUGUACGUAUGACAGCUAAGGAAUUCAUGUUUGGUUAUCAGACAUCACUGACUACAUUGGGUAACACAUUCUUCUCGAAUUGGAUAUCUUUCGAAAAAGUUGGACUUAUUGAUCGGAUGUACGACUUUAGCACCGACUACGAGACUUUCUACACGGGCGCAACGAAUCCCGCCAUAUCUGGGCUAUAUGCCACGUACCGCGGCAAAACCAACUUGCCACAAUGGGAUGGUGAACACUGCAGCAAUAUUGAGCUCGCCUCGGAUGGCACUAAAUUCAAGAGUUUCAUACAACCCAAUGAGACUAUUAAAUUCUUUAGAAAGAGCAUGUGCCGGCCCAUCAAUUUGUAUCGUACUGGUGAACCACAAACGUAUGGCAGCCUCACCGGUUACAAAUAUGUGUUUGAAGAGAAUGCAUUCGACAAUGGCGCCAACAAUGAGGCGAACAAGUGCUUCUGCAGAAAGGGAAAAUGUCAACCUCAAGGUCUAAUCGAUGUGACCGAUUGCUAUUACGGUUUCCCCAUAUCUCUAAGUUAUCCACAUUUCAUGAAUGGCGAUCCCGGUCUACUUGAUAAUAUCACCGGCGUGGAACCAGAUGAGAAGAAAUACUCCUCUGCAUUCGUUGUGCAACCGGAAUCCGGCUUGCCACUCUCCAUCUCCGCCAAAGUGCAAAUCAACAUGCAUUUCGAUGAUUUGAGCGCCUUCCGACAAGUCAGCCGUUUCAGUCACUUGACCGUGCCAAUGCUGUGGUUCGAUAUUAUGAUGCCCGAGCUGCCUGAAGCGCUGGACACACGCUUCAAUUUCUACCUCAACAUACUGCCCUACCUCGAUAUACUCGGCUACUGGGGCAGUCUCUUGCUCGGCAUUGCACUGCUGCUCUAUGCCGUUACACGCGCCACGCUACGCAUGUCGAAUUUGACACAAAUGAAUAAUAUUUCCGAUGGUAAAUACAGUAAAGCGAAUAUUCUGCGCGGCGUCACCAACACAGUGCACUGCAAUGACGUCUACAAGCCAUGUGAAAUGAAGCUACUGCAUCAGCAUGAAAAACAUCAGCAAACGCUUGAGGAUAAUAUAAUUACACGUCAUAACGAUAUGGAUAUGUCAGCGGAUGUAGAUUUGUUAUAUAAAGAAAUGUCAACGGCACAGCAGCGUCACGGUUCGUUUGCCUUGGAAUUGGAGCCCGCGUUAUCGGGUUCGGAGAGUGGUGAUGAUGAUGUGGAGAGCAACUCAUCGGCAUCGUCAUCAUUGUGCAGUCAUAAUUCGUCCACAUGUUCGUGUGUAACGGAACAAAGUCAAAAUGGUCAAAAGCAUGCGGAGGCGACAGCAAAUGAGACUUCAAUUAAUGUCGAUAUUAUUGAAAGUAAUCAAACACAAGCGAACACUGCUCUUAGCAUAAAUGCUAAUCAAGCAGCUCAGCAGACGACAACUAACAUUAGCAGAGCCAACAACAACGAACAACAACAUAAGAACAAUAGCAGGCAGUCAUAAUGCCAAAACGACACAUAAAUAUACAGUUUAACUGUAUACACACUCAGUUUGAAUAAUUUCAACGUGUAUUAAACAAAAACUAAAUAAUUCAAAGAAAACAUCGCACAUCGGGUUUAACGGUUAUGUUCAUUAUUUUUUAGUGUACCUUGGAUAUUAUCAUUACUACAUAACUGUAUAUGUAUAUAGUAGUUUAUUAGUUUUUUUAGGCGCAUUAAGGCUCUUUCUUUAUAUGCUAAAGUAUUGCUUUUUUCCACAACGCCUCAUAGUCUUAGUUAGUAUGUUUGUAUUUAUGAAAAAAAAAACGAUAUUUACAUUUUUCAAUUCUAAAUGUACCAAUGCAAUGCACAUGCUUUUACAGAAUUAUCAGUUGCGUCAAAAUUGCAGACUUUAAACUGGUUAUCAGCUGUGAUAAUUACAAAUGCAUGCAUACAACAAAUUUCGCCUAUGUAAUAUAUGUAAAUAUAUAUAUGCAUAGAUUAGUAUGUUCUUUAAGAUUGCAUGCAUUACUUAAACUGCUAAAGGCAUUCAAUGCAUUUGUGCAUAUUGAAAAAAUAAAAUAAAAAAUUAUAUAUUUAAGUAAUACCGCCUCCAUGAGGUGCGCAUCAACCAAAACCAUAUAAAUAAGUACAUAUAUUAUAAUCAAUUAUUCAUAUUUGUAUAUAUUUCUUUUUUACUCAUUACACAUGCCCUCUUUGAAUUUAAAUUCCAACUAUUGUUUGUACAAAGCAUAAAUCUUAAAAACUACGCGCUAAGCUUAAGAAGUUAGUAGUAUCUAAUUAUUGACAUACAUACACAUGUAUAUAUUACCGAUAUAUUGUGUUGAAAAUUCACGAAAUGCAAAUAAACUUGAAGUUCAAUUUCAUUAUAAAUACAUAUGUAAGUUUGUGCUUUUU